AUGUAUGGCGAUGGUUCAGACUCAAAUAUUCGACGGAUGAUUCGCUAUUAUAUGGAUUACUUCUAUCUCUAUAUUUGUACCUUAUCCUCUUCUUCCUACAAUGUUGCAAGAUCACUGUUUGUCGACUGGUGUGAAUGUUGUGUUUCUAGUGGUAACUAG